ACUGCAGAGCUGAGCUUUUGGAACCGUCGCUGCUGCUGCUGCUGUUGCUGUGUGACCAGUCCCGGCGGGAAUGGAAACAUCUUCUGCUGCAACAUCCUAAAUCUAUAUUUACAUUUUUUUAAAAAAAAGAAAGAAAAAGAAAUGCCAUGCAGCACGAAUGCAGAGGACGGUUUGAUCAGGCUGGUGGCAGACAAGACUGAGGAUCAGGGGAUGAGGUUAUAGAAACGACAGCAGAGACAGGAGGAAUAAAGGACGGGGGAAGCCAGUCGCUCGGAAACUCCUCUUUUGCAUCUUUUGCGCCCCGCGCUCCUCUAAGGCGUUGACUGACCCUGUAAAGGAUUACACAUUCACACCCCCCUCCCCUCUUCACCACCAUGUCUUCCCACCUUAACCCUCCCCUUCUCAUCCUCCCCAUCCUCUUCCUUGUACUUCCUCUCUCCAUGGCUUCUACCUCUACUACUCCUUCCACGUCCCCCUUUCUCUCCUUCUCCCCUCCUGAAGGAGGCCUCACACAUUUGGUGGUCAACAACAAAACCGGCGAGGUCUAUCUGGGUGCCGUCAACUGGAUCUAUAAGCUCUCCAGCAACCUCACCAAGCUACGAAGCCACGUCACUGGCCCUGUCACAGACAACCCUCGCUGUUACCCUCCACCUGGUGUACAGUCCUGCCCCCACGAGCUGGUGCAGACGUCUAAUGUCAAUAAGCUCCUUCUGCUCGAUGCUGCCCACAACCGCUUGAUUGCAUGUGGAAGUACUUCCCAGGGAAUAUGCCAGUUCCUGCGUCUGGAUGAUUUGUUCAAGCUGGGCGAACCCCACCAUCGCAAAGAGCAUUAUCUAUCCAGCGUGGCCGAGGCGGGCACCAUGUCGGGCGUCGUGAUUUCCCCGGAUAUUUUUGGAGGCGGAGGGAAGCUCUUUGUUGGCACUCCUAUCGAUGGCAAGUCCGAGUACUUCCCCACGCUGUCUAGCCGCAAACUAAUGUCCAACGAGGAAAACGCUGACAUGUUCAGCUUCGUGUACCAGGAUGAGUUUGUCUCUUCCCAGCUCAAGAUUCCCUCAGACACGCUCUCAAAGUUCCCCGCGUUCGACAUUUACUACAUCUAUGGCUUCAACAGCGAGCAGUUUGUGUACUACCUCACCUUACAGCUCGACACCCAGCUCACUUCCCCAGAUGCGGCCAGCGAGCAGUUCUUCACCUCUAAGAUCGUCCGCCUGUGUGUUGACGAUCCCAAGUUCUACUCCUACGUUGAGUUCCCCAUCGGCUGCACCAAGGACGGAGUGGAGUACCGCCUGGUUCAGGAUGCUUAUUUAGCCCGGCCGGGGAGCCGGUUGGCACGUUCGCUUGGUAUUCAGGAGCACGAGGAGGUUCUAUUUACUGUGUUUGCGCAGGGUCAGAAGAACAGAGCCAAGCCGCCGAAGGAGUCAGCUUUGUGCCUGUUCACAAUGAGGCAGAUAAAGGAGAAGAUUAAAGAGAGGAUUCAGUCGUGCUACAGAGGAGAGGGGAAACUCUCCCUGCCCUGGCUGCUCAACAAGGAGCUGGCCUGCAUCAACUCGCCGUUACAGAUAGACGACAACUUCUGCGGCCAGGACUUCAACCAGCCUCUAGGGGGCACCACCGCCAUCGAGGGCAUCCCGCUUUAUGUGGACAAGGACGACGGCAUGACCUCCGUGGCUGCUUAUGAUUACCGCGGCAACACAGUGGCGUUCACGGGCACUCGUAGCGGACGCAUAAAGAAGAUACUGGUGAACUCCAUUUCCCAGACUGCCGUGUUGUAUGAAAAUGUUGUGGUGAGCAACGGGAGCCCGAUCCUGCGAGAUUUGCUCUUCAGCCCAGAUCAUCAGUACUUAUAUGCCCUCACUGAUAAACAGGUCACCCGUGUACCAGUGGAGAGCUGUGAGCAGUACACUUCCUGUGGAGCCUGUCUGGGAUCAGGAGACCCUCACUGUGGCUGGUGUGUGCUGCAUAAUGUAUGUUCGAGGAAGGAUCGCUGCAAACGAGCAGAAGAGCCUCAGCGUUUCACCACCAGAGUCGAACAGUGUGUCCGACUUUCCGUCCAGCCAGACACCGUCUCCGUCACCAUGUCAGAAGUGCAGCUUGUGCUUCAGACACAGAAUGUGCCGAGUCUUUCUGCUGGAGUGAACUGCUCCUUUGAGGACUACGUAGAAACGGAAGGGCGCAUCUACAGUGGACGCAUCUAUUGCCUGUCUCCUUCGACGAAAGAAAUCGCCCCCAUCACGCGAGACCAAGGUGACCGACGCAUAAUAAAGUUGUAUCUAAAGUCGAAGGAAACUGGGAAGAAGUUUGCCAGUGUGGAUUUUGUCUUCUACAACUGCAGCGUCCACCAAUCGUGCCUGUCCUGUGUCAAUGGAAACUUCCCCUGCCACUGGUGCAAAUAUCGCCACAUGUGCACACAGGAUGCCAGCGACUGCUCCUUCCAGGAGGGACGAGUCAACACUUCAGAGGAGUGCCCUCAGAUCCUGCCCUCCACCCAGAUCUACAUCCCUGCUGGAGUUAUGAGGCCGAUCACCCUGCUGGCCCAGAACCUGCCCCAGCCUCAGUCUGGACAGAGAAAUUACGAGUGCAUCUUUCACAUCCAGGGCAACACGCACAGCGUCCCGGCUCUGAGGUUUAACAGCACGAGCAUACAGUGUCAGAAGACCACGUACGACUACGAGGGCAGUGACCUCAGCGACCUGCCGGUUGACCUGUCUGUGGUGUGGAAUGGAAACUUUGUCAUCGACAACCCGUUCAACAUUCAAGCUCACCUGUACAAGUGCAGGGCAUUGCGGGACAGCUGCGGUAUGUGCCUGAAGGCCAACCCUAGGUUUGAGUGUGGUUGGUGUGUUCAGGACAGGAAGUGUUCCCUCAGGCAGGAGUGCACUGGAGGAGGCAAUUCCCACCUCCCCCUCCAGCUGGCAGAAGGUGGAGGGUGGAUGCACGCCACAUCUGGAAACAGCCGCUGCACCCACCCCAAGAUCACCAAGUUAUUCCCUGAGACGGGGCCUCGACAAGGCGGAACCAGGGUGACCAUCUGGGGGGAAAACCUGGGUCUGCAAUUCAGAGACAUCCAGACGGGCGUCAAAUUGGGGAAGGUGCCCUGUGUUCCCAUUGAAGAUGAGUACGUGAGUGCCGAAAGAAUAGUGUGUCUGCUGAACGACGCAACUGGCUACAGGGUCCAAGAGGCUCAGGUGGAGGUGUGUGUGAGAGACUGCGUCAACGACUACAGAGCCCUGUCGCCGCGGCCGUUCACCUUUGUGACUCCCUUUUUCACACGUAUCCAGCCGUCCCAGGGGCCCAUUUCAGGGGGAACUCGUGUCACCAUCGAGGGGAGCUACCUCAACGCAGGCAGCUACGUGUCUGUCAGCAUAGGACCGCUGCCAUGCCAGUUCAAAAAGAGGAAUGCCCGUGAGAUAGUAUGCGUUACACCAGCUGGACUGGCCUCGGGCAGUGCCCCAGUCUUGGUGGACAUCGAUGACGCAGAGCUCAGAAACCCAGAAGUCAAGUUUAACUACACAGAAGACCCCACUGUUCUGAAGAUUGAACCUGACUGGAGCAUUGCCAGUGGUGGAACUCUGCUGACAGUGAGCGGGACCAACCUCGCAACCAUCCGAGAGCCAAAGAUCAGGGCCAAGUAUGGACAGGCAGAGUCCUUUCAUAACUGCACAGUGUAUAACAAUUCAGUCAUGGUGUGCCUCGCUCCGUCAGUGGCUGACUCGGAGCUUGGUUUUUCCGAGACUGGCACCGGUCCCGAUGAGAUUGGGUUCUACAUGGACAACGUGAAUGCUCUGGUGGUGGUCAACGAGACAUUCAGCUACUACCCCGACCCGGUGUUUGAACCAUUGAGUCCCUCUGGGAUACUGGAGCUCAAACCCACAUCGCCACUUAUUCUCAAGGGCCGUAACCUGAUCCCAGCGGCUCCGGGCAACAGUCGCCUGAACUAUACGGUGCUGAUUGGAGAGACUCCCUGCAUCCUCACCCUGUCUGAGAGCCAGCUGCUCUGCGAAUGGCCCAACCUCACCGGACAGCACAAAGUCACGAUCCGUGCAGGUGGGUUUGAGUACUCUCCCGGGACGCUUCACAUCUACUCUGACAGCCUGCUAACGCUUCCCGCCAUCAUCGGCAUUGGAGGGGGUGGCGGCUUGCUGCUGCUGGUCAUCAUUGCCGUGCUGAUAGCCUAUAAGAGGAAGUCGAGGGACGCUGACCGCACCCUGAAACGUCUACAGCUUCAAAUGGACAACCUGGAGUCCAGAGUGGCCCUGGAGUGUAAAGAAGCUUUCGCUGAGCUACAGACAGACAUCCAUGAACUAACCCAGGAGCUGGAUGGAGCUGGGAUUCCCUUCCUAGACUAUCGGACCUAUGCAAUGAGAGUUCUUUUCCCUGGGAUUGAGGACCAUCCUGUGCUCAAGGAGAUGGAGGUACGGGUCCCUGCCAAUGUUGAGAAGGCGCUCACCCUGUUCGGCCAGCUGCUGACAAAGAAGCACUUCCUGCUGACGUUCAUACGAACCCUGGAGGCCCAGAGGUCAUUUUCAAUGCGGGAUCGAGGCAAUGUGGCGUCUCUGAUCAUGACGGCCCUGCAGGGGGAGAUGGAGUAUGCCACCGGGGUCCUGAAACAGCUGUUAUCCGACCUGAUAGACAGAAACCUGGAGAGCAAAAACCAUCCCAAACUGCUGCUAAGGAGAACCGAGUCUGUCGCUGAGAAGAUGCUGACCAACUGGUUCACAUUCCUCUUGUAUAAGUUCCUAAAGGAGUGUGCCGGGGAGCCUCUUUUCAUGCUUUACUGUGCCAUCAAGCAGCAGAUGGAGAAGGGACCCAUCGACGCCAUCACAGGAGAAGCCCGCUACUCCCUUAGUGAGGACAAGCUCAUCAGACAACAGAUUGACUACAAAACACUGACGCUGCACUGUGUAAAUCCAGAGAAUGAGAAUGCCCCGGAGGUGACAGUCAAGUGUCUCAACUGCGACACUAUCACUCAGGUCAAAGAGAAGCUGCUCGAUGCCGUGUACAAAGGCAGCCCCUAUUCGCAAAGGCCAAAGGCUUCUGAUAUGGACCUGGAAUGGCGUCAAGGUCGGAUAGCCAGAAUCAUCCUGCAGGAUGAAGAUGUCACAACUAAGAUUGACAACGACUGGAAAAGACUCAACACGCUGGCUCACUAUCAGGUAACAGAUGGUUCAGUGAUUGCCCUGGUGCCAAAGCAGAACUCUGCCUACAACAUCUCCAACUCCUCCACCUUCACCAAGAGCCUCAGCAGAUACGAGAGUAUGCUGAGGACGGCCAGUAGUCCAGACAGCCUACGUUCUCGAACGCCCAUGAUCACCCCCGAUCUGGAGAGCGGAACCAAACUGUGGCACCUGGUGAAAAACCACGACCACUCAGACCAGAGGGAGGGCGACCGGGGAAGCAAGAUGGUCUCUGAGAUCUACCUGACCAGGCUGCUGGCUACAAAAGGUACGUUACAGAAGUUUGUGGACGACCUGUUUGAGACCAUCUUCAGCACAGCCCACAGAGGUAGCGCGUUGCCCCUGGCCAUCAAGUAUAUGUUUGACUUUCUGGACGAGCAGGCUGACAAACACUCCAUCACAGACUAUGAUGUACGACAUACCUGGAAGAGCAACUGUCUCCCUCUCCGGUUCUGGGUGAACGUGAUCAAGAACCCACAGUUUGUAUUCGACAUUCAUAAGAACAGCAUCACAGAUGCUUGUCUGUCUGUGGUGGCCCAGACCUUCAUGGACUCCUGUUCAACAUCGGAGCACAAACUAGGCAAAGACUCGCCUUCAAAUAAGCUUCUCUACGCUAAAGACAUCCCCAACUACAAGAACUGGGUCGAGAGGUAUUACUCCGAUAUCUCCCGCAUGCCAGCCAUCAGCGAUCAGGACAUGAGUGCCUACCUAGCGGAGCAGUCCCGGCUGCAUCUCAGCCAGUUCAACAGCAUGUCAGCGCUGCACGAGAUCUACUCCUACAUCGUCAAAUACAAAGAUGAGAUCCUGUCAGCGCUACAGAAGGACGAACAGUCACGCAGACAGCGACUACGCGGCAAGCUGGAACAGGUCAUCGACACCAUGGCUCUAUCUAGCUGAGGAUCGGCCAAUGGCGCGCCUCAGCUGGCAGGAGAACUGGCUAACCAACACGCCUUUCCCCGACAACUUUGACCCCCUCUCCCCCAUUCCUCGGCGUUUUAACCCUCGACGUUUAAAGUCUGUCGCCAUCGCCGUCACAAACAACAAUCUACAGCAGCAGAAAGGACUGCGAGAACACAAGCACCCAGCAAGCAGCAGCACACUCGAGAGAGACAGCAGAGUUUGGAACUAAAGUCCCGGCAGCCGGGUUGACUUUUACCCCCUCCCCCAUUGCCUUUCUUUUUCUUCUUCUUCUUCUCUGAGCCUGCCAUAACAACCAAAUCAAGUGCGUCCCCAACCUCAGCCGAUUUUGGACCUCAGCUCAGGAGAGCGUUUAUUUUCAUCAAGUCCCUCAUCACGUCUACAGUUACACAGGAGCAGCUUUGGCCACAAUCAGGAAUGGUACAUGCACAGUGGUGACCAGAAACUCAUCAAGCUGGACCUGAAACAAGCCCAGAGCUAGUAUCUUUUCACAGCCAGAGCCGCAGUUCUGACUCCGAGCCUAUAAAAAAUAAAAAAAAUCCAGAAUACUUGAUUCCUGUGAGGAAUUUCUCUUUCUUUACUGUUGCUCUCCUCCACAAGGAGGUCAAAGGUCAGGGACAGCUACAGAGCAGCAGCCACAGAGCAGGUAGAGAUUUAGCGUGUUGCUCAAAGACUCUUCGGUAGAGUGGAUUCUCAGCAACACGCCGCUUGCCACUGCAGGGCAACCGGGAGGAAGGACUUUGCAGGGAAACUCUUCCUCCAGUACUGACUUUCCAACACUCCAUCGACAUGAAUUCCACUGUAGUCGAACAAAGGACGCUGUCAGUUUCAUAACUCUGUAUUUGAUUUGUUACUGCAUUUGAUUCUGCCCGUCCAACUGCCUACUCUCCCCAGUGCUGUGCCACUUCUUGUGUUACUGCUGAAUUUGCACAACAAAGCUAAAUCAAAAGAGAGAAGAGGAUAUAUGAAUAUAUAUAUAUAUAUAUAUAGAUAUAAAUACAAACCUUUCGUUUUUAAAACAAAUGAAAAACUGGGAAAAAAACAAACUGUUUUUCAUUUCAAUGUACAAAAGAUCCGUUUGAGACGAAGAUUUGAUAUUUCCAAGAUGAAAAAUUAUGAAAAACACGAGGAAAAAGUCGUCCUGUGCCAUGUUUUACUUUGAAUGUUGUUUAGUGCGAAGAGACUUCUUUUUUUCCCCGUUUAGAUGAAAUGUGCUACGAUGAAAAUGUUGUCAUGCUUAGUGACUGAAAGUUUAAAAAUAGGUAAAUGGCAAAAAUAUAUAUAUAAAUAUAUCAUACGCAGACACUUUCUAUAUUUCGUGAGGUCUCGGGGCCAUUGCGUGCUACAUCGUUGGCUCUGAAGAUAGCAAAAAGGCAAAUGAUGUCUGGAAGCCGCCUACGAGCAAACCGACCUGCAGUGCUUUUGUGUUUGUUUUUUAGAGAAACCAAAUACAACACAAGGCCCGGUCAGCUGAUUUAGAUGAGACAAAAGUCACCUGUGUGGAAGCCAGCCUCGUGCUGCGUUAGCAGACCGCAGAGGCAACCAAGCAGUCCUCUAAGCUGAUCCCUGGCACACUGUGCUUUACAGCUUCCCGAUCUUGUUUUCUAGACUUCCCCGCUUGCCUGAAACACAUUUUUUUCUAUAAGGUGUGCCAUCCAAAAAUGAAGGCUAGUCUUUGCUGUGCAGAAGAUAUUGUCUAAUAUUUCUUGGUUUUAUUAUUUGUUUUUGUUGUUUUCUACUCUGAAGUGACGACGCUAAAGCUAAAGGGUCCGUUUUUUGAAAAUGUGAAUGUGGUUUAUGAAAAAAGAUAAUGAAAUGUAGCUUGAUUUAUGUGAGUGGGGUUCUUUGUACAAGUUGAAGGCCUUUCUCUCUCUUUUAUUUUGUUCUGUGGUUUUGUAGGGUUAAAAAAAAGAAGAGAAAAAAAGUGCAAAUGUUCUUCUUGCACCAUGCGCUGCUCCGCGUUAACAUUCAGAAACAUUCCUCUUCCCUAGGAGUGUACACAGCUACUUAUCAAGGCCAGAAGAUACAAACCAAGGUGAUGUAUAUAUGUUCUUCCAUCCUGUAAAAGCGUAUCAUGAAUUUCAGACCACCAGAUAAGACAUAUCAACACCGAGAUCACACGGAUGAACUGAAAAAAAAAACUUCUCUACAUGUGUUUGCUUUGAUAAUAAAUGGGAAAAAAUAGUGUAAAAGAGUAGGGUUAAAUGCACCAUUUAGGACACUGUAACUUCAAAGAAAACAGUUGCAUCAAAAUUGCUUAUGUUCGCUUCCUCUUCAACAGUGCUUCCCUCAGAGUUUUUUUUUUUUUUCAAGUGGAGACCUUUUAACCAGAUAACAGUAGGGUUCUCAGACCAGUUCAGAUGGCUUUGAAGAGCUUUGCGUUGCAUCAGGAGCCUCACAAACCAGAAUCUCUUUCAUAACUGGAAGUUAAUGUAACCAUAUGCAUCCCUGCACUAAGACACUUACUUAGGUAUAUUCUAUCUUGGUGACAGAUUACCCUGGAAAAGAAACCUGUCUAAUAUGUAAUAUAAAUAUGAUACGCAGCCGUUUCAGUGCUCCAGUUGCUAAACGUUUAAGCUAAAAAUGAACAUUUACAGUCGAGGCUCUAAUGUAUUUUAUGUAAUUCAAAGUUACAAUGAAAUAAUUAUUUUGUUUGUUCCUAAGCUGUGAAGAACGAAGAUUAGCAGCUAGUGGACUAAAAAGUGUGUGAACACCUUAAAACACACCAGACGGACCACAAACUGACGUAUUCCCCAAGUGAUAAUUCAAUGUCACAGCUGUUCUACAGCUUGAACUGAAAGUGUGACUUUCACAUUUGGUGCGACUGGUGUUUCAGCUACUUAAGUUUAAAGGAUUCAGUCACACAUUCGUCUCUUUGGGAUUUUAUAUUUGAGCAGCAGUCCUUCCAGUCUAAGGCUUUGUCACACGGACAAAUCCUAAAGAAGCAUUGGCAAGAAGUCGAAGUCGUUUCCUCGUUAUUGUGAGGCAGUUGCUGCAUGCGAGCCGGCUGUUAGUUCGUGCUUGUUACAUGCUACCUUAAACAAUCAAUUCACAGAGAAAUCAAGGGUGAGCUCUCUAUGUUUUUUUUACUUCGGACCAUUAGCACAAGUUGUAUGCUAAUGUGCAAGUUGUCCAGUCUUUAGCCUUUUGACUUCUUCCUUUGUCCAUAUUGUCAGGGAGUUAAGGAUUUUUCCCAGAUAUAAUUACCAGACCUGUACCAAGCCAGAUGCCACCAAACCAAACACAUAUUGCUGCUGUCAAGUAAAAGCUCUAAAACAAAGAAUAAUAGAACAAGACACGGACCCUUUAAAAGCCCAGUGUACAUUCGAAUCUCUAAUCUGAAUGCUAGCCUCUCACACCAACACACCAUGUUUUUAUCUGACAGCACAAAUGUGCGUCUGGAUUGGAUGACAACGUACUGUAUGUUCUUAAAUACUUGAACCACUGAUCUGCACAGGGUAACAUAACAUACAGAGAGACUGACCAAAGCUUUAUGCAUCCGCAACCCGAGCACAGCUCUGUGAUAAGAGACUUUUCUUUGCCGUUUUCACUUAUUCCACAAGAAACUUUUAGUGCUCAGUUUUAGUGAUUUAAAAGCAGCCUCCGUCUUUAUCCUUGAUGAAUGAGGCAAUGCUACUUCCAUGUACAGGCAUUCAUUAACACAUUUUGUUCAAAUUGAAUGAAUGAAACAUUCUGAGGAUGUGGACUCUUACAUUGAUGUUUGACUGGUGUUCACUUGCUCAGUUGAAGACUUGUAAAAAAUGAUUUUUGUGAUACUGAAGAAGAAGCUGUUGUUAGUGCCCCUAGGAUCAUUUUGUAGGGAGUAAAAAAAGAAAAAAAAAAUAGAGAUGGUGAGAUAAGGCCCAUUUGGUUUUUGAUGCUUUUGUUUCUUAGUUUUGUGCUUCUUGUUUUCUGCUACAGCACUUGUUGAGAUAAAAGAUGAAAAGACUCAGGCAAGGCAGAGGAAGUGCUUUGAAGGCCACGGUACCGCUUCAUUGUCCAUUCCAUCACAUCUGGGUUGUUUUUUUCCCUCUUUUCAUGUAGAAAAACACAGUCAAAAAGGAGGGUGGAGUGGGAAAAGAAAAGAAGUGGUGAAAGAGAUUCUCCUGGCGAUUGACAGACACAUAGGUUUUUGCUGUGCCUUGUCAGCCUCUACCCACAUGGAAAAUGAUAUGCUUUUUUCCAUGUACAUGAUUCCUAUUUUGUUCAAAGUCCAUGUCAGAAAUUGACAAACAAAUACAAUAUAUGUAAAUAUAUAUGUCCUUUUAAAUGUGAGAUUACUAGACUGAUACCAGUCAUGUGUUACAUCUAGCCUAGCUUAUCCUAAAGUAGCCAAGAGCUAACCAGGCAUGAUAACUCCCUCAAAGAUGGCUAUGUAAAAAACUGCAUCCAUUUAAUUGGAGACAGUGUAAAAAUAAUGUGCUAUCUAAGGGUAUGUGUUAUGGGGGGAGUGUAUCCUGCAAACAGUGAAUGUAAUUAAGAAGAUUUGAUACAAAAAUCCCUCUAAAAUGAUAAAUUACAUCUCUUUUGUUGAUGUAUAUUAUUAGGGUUGCUUUAUUUUGAUUGAGGCUAUUGUUUGUUUUCAUGCUAAUAUUAAGACAAGAUUAAAGUAAGCUAAUUACAUGAAAUGUCUGUAGGCAGCUUUUAGCCUGAGAUUGCUAUUUAAAGUCUUUUUCUCAAAGUAAUGGACUAAAUGUGCUUAUUUGCUUUCUUGGUUUUUCUCACUUUAAGGAGAGAAUUAUUACAACUUUGAUAUUACUUUUUUGUAUGAGAAGUCAGAGCUAGCAGAUGGUUAGCUUAGUUUAGCACAGAGCCCUGAAGAGAUAAGAUAAAACAAACAGUUAGCCUAGCUAGCCAAUUAGAAUAUAAACAGCUUGAUGAAGAUUUUGUUCAAAUAUUAUUUCAAACAACAGCACUAAACGUGAUUAGUAAUUAACAAAGCUUUGCAGACACACCAGAACUUACACAUUAAUGUUUUAUGGCUCUUGUGCAUGGAUGUAAGAUAUAGAUGGCAUAAUAGCAGCCCCUACAAAAUUAGCCAUCGUCUGGGCCUAUAAAAAAAACAACAACUUGUGGCUAUACCCAUAGUCUAACCAGAAGUCAGCUAUUUUGAAUUUGCUUGUGUACAGAUUUGAAGAUGAAAUUGCUUCCAGCUUCACAUGACGGUCUGUCUUAACUAAAGAUGAUAAAAAGCAAAGCUUCAGAGUUUUAUUGAAAGGUUUUUCCAACUUUUAAUGUUCAUUAAGUUCAUGUUUCAUUUUGAAUGUAGAUUGCAUUUCAUGAAAAACAUCAUCCAAUUUGACAAAAUAUUUACAACAACAUGACAUAUAAUUAGUGGAUUUUGAUAGCCAAGAAUGGGUAUCUGUUCAUUAUUAAUAGUCCAGGCAUAAAAGCCAGUGUAAAGGACCUUGAUUUAAAGAUGCAAGGAUUAUAGCGCACUAGAUGUUUCCCCUUCUUUAUGCUAAAGUUAAGAUUGGUAUAAAAUACACGAGAGUGGUAUCAAUCUUCUAAUCUAACACUGUUAUUUUAUUGAGUAAAGAAUAGCGCCUUUUUUAAAAAAAAAUCUAAAAUAAAAUCCAGGAACCAAUUUCAUUUCUUGUACUUUCUAAGCCAUUUUAUGAAAAUAUGUCAAAUGUAUCUAUUUGCCCACAUGGGUUGCACCCUCCAUUGGACGAAACAUCGCCACACAACAUUUAAACUUGCCCUCAUCUGCCAUUUCUAACCCCCAACCCCAACAGCAGCACUCGUGGGUUUUUCACCCCAGCAGUUCCAGCUUCCUCGCCUGCUGAGUUCACUUUGAUUAAAGUACAUCUGAGAGACGGAGCAGAGGACAUAAAAUAACUUCACACACAGAUUAAAGAGGAGAGAGGUAGAAAGAAAAAAAUACCUUAAAGAGUUUUAAUACUUUAUGAAUUCUGAUACCUUUUUAAGAGUUUCAGACUUGAAGCUGCUGUGACAGGUUUUGGCUGUUUCACGCCCGUGUAAAUAUCCUGCUCUUUCCUAUUUUGCAGAUUUAUUACGUGUAAAUAGACACGCAUCAAGGAGAGAUU